UGUCCUUCCUCCCCCAGUCAAGGAGCUGAGGAUGGAGACCAGGGAGGACAAAUCCCCAUGGCAGAACCUCGUGGAAGAGGCUGAUUUGAGCAGCUCCACAGCGCAGGAAUCCAAUGGGGAGGAAAAGCCCCAGAGAUCCCGCAGGAGGGGCUCCAAACCCAUCCCAGGGUGCUCUGAGGAGGAAAGACCCACCCUGUGCCGGGAAGGCGGCCGGAGAUCCAGCCGGGGCUCUGAGCUGGUGGUCCAUGAGCAGCUUCACAAAGGGCAGAAGCGCUACAAGUGCUUGGAGUGUGGGAAGAGCUUCAGCCGGAGCAGCAAACUGAUCCGCCACCAGAUGAUCCACACUGGGGAAUGGCCCUACAAGUGUGGGAAAUGUGGGAAGGGCUUCAGCUGCAACUCCGAAUUCAUCCGUCACCAGCACAUCCACACUGGGGAGAGGCCCUACGAGUGUCCUGAGUGUGGGAAGAGGUUUCAGAGGAGCUCUCAUCUCCUCGUGCACCAGCGGAUUCACACAGAUGAGAAGCCCUUCCGCUGCCCUGACUGUGGGGAGGGCUUCAAGCACAAUUCCACCCUUGUCAGGCACCAGCGCAUCCACACUGGGGAGAGGCCCUAUGAGUGUCCCCAGUGUGGGAAGAGCUUCAGAAACAGCUCCUACCUGACCAUCCACCAGAGGACCCACACUGGGGAACGGCCCUAUGAGUGUGGGGAAUGUGGGAUGACCUUCAGCCAGAGGUCCCAACUGACCAUUCACCAGAUGAUCCACACUGGGGAGAGGCCCUAUGAAUGUCUCCAGUGUGGGAAGAGGUUUCGCAUCAGCUCCAGUCUCCUCGUGCACCAGCGGAUUCACACAGAGGAGAGGCCCUUCCGCUGCCCUGACUGCGGGAAGGGCUUCAAGCGAAACUCCCACCUCAUCUCCCACCGGCGCAGCCACAGCGGGGAGAGGCCCUAUGAGUGUCCCCAGUGUGGGAAGAGCUUCACCCAGAGCUCUAACUUGACCAGACACCAACAGAGGCACCACUAAGGGAAGCCCUGCGAGUGCCCCAAGUGCAGGAAGAGCUUCAUAUGCUGCUCCAGCUCCAUCCCCCAUGGGAGGACCCACGUUGGGCAGAGCCCUGAUGACCCACGUUCCCAGUGAUCUGUGUUGGGAACACACUGGGCUGGUGGUCCUUUUGUUUUGUUCCGAUUAUCUUUUGAUUCAUCUUUAUCCCUUUAAAACAGACAAAAUUGGGGUAAAAGUCUAUAAAUUCAUCAAAGGCAUCUAGAGCCUCACAUUUUACUAGUGCUUCAAGGUAAUCUGGUAUUCAGGGAAAUACUUGGGGGUUGUGGAGCUAUUUGGUGGAGUUUUCUCCAUUUUUUGGCACUCAAAGCAACGAGAGUUUUAUCUGUCACCUCAAAACCACUCAAUGCCACUGAAAACUGCACAGUGCCACUCAAAACUAUUGGAUUCCACAACCCCUCCGGGUGUGAUGCCUUAAGUUUUAGCUUUCAUAUUUUUCAUAUUUUGCACUGUCUAGGUUUGUAGUUUUAAACUUCCUGUUUUGUUACUGAGCUCUCUUCACAGAGUAGGUAGACAAAACAAUUCCUUUUCUAGCUUGAGACCAAGGACAAUCAUUACAAGUUGCAGGCUCAAAAGCAUAAACAAGGGUGGACUGAAGAGAGAAAACAAGGACAGGACUUCAUCCUCU